ACGAAAACAAAGCUUAACACCCAAGAUGAAGGACGAGGACGCGCCUUCAAAAGCCAAAAUAAUUUCCCAGAUUUUAUUGCUGGUGUGUUUUGGUUCCUUCACUUCAGGUGGGGUGCUGGCAGUGAACAUGACUAUUCCCAACACUCUGAUUAAAGGUACAUUAGGGGGGGAAGCCCUCCUGUCUGUCCGCUACAUCAGCUUCAGCCUCGACCUGCCGGUCAUCAAGUGGCAGCUAAAGAGGGAAAAGUCCGUCACUGUUGUCCAGUCGAUUGGAACGGACAUCAUUGGGACCCUGAGGCCUGAGUAUCGAGACCGCAUCCUGGUAUUUGAGAACGGGACUCUGCUUCUCCACAACCUCAGACUGUCUGAUGACGGAACAUAUGACGUGGAGAUCUCCAUCACAGAUGAUACCUUCACAGGAGAGGGCAGCAUCACGCUCACUGUGGAUGAGUCUGUAUCCAGGCCCUACAUCCACAUGGAGGCUUCCUCAGUGCUGGAGCUCAGCGAAAACGUCAUCCUCAACUGCUCCCAUGACAAUGGAACCAGGACUACAUACAGGUGGUUUAAAGGUGGGAAGCCACUGACCAAUGUGACGAGGUUCGUGUUGUCACCUGACCAGAAGCUCUUGACCAUCACACGGGUGCUGAUGGCAGACGAUGACAUCUACAGCUGCACGGUGGAGAAUCCUGUGGGCAGCAUGGCGAGCCUGCCGAUCAGGCUGACGGUCUACAGAAGAAGUUCCCUCUACAUCAUCCUUUCCACCGGAGGCAUCUUCCUCCUCAUCACCUUGGUAACAGUAUGUGCCUGCUGGACGCCUUCCAAAAAGCCAAAACAUCUACCUAGAAGGCCUCUGUCCAGGUUUUAUGACCGCUCUCAUCGCUCACCAAUCAACCACACAGAUGACGUGCUUCCAAAAAUGACAGAGCAUAACGGAGUCAACGCAGUGACUUCACUUUACAUCCUGCAGCAAAAGGACCCCUCCAUGGACGACUCGUCCAGCAACAGUAUUGGAUCUUCUGAAUUUGACAACCCGCCAUGCUACACCAGUUCCCCCAACUUCACCGAUCCUCUUACCCGGUCUGCUGGGUCCCCUGCCCGCUCCCCCAACAGGUACACCUGACAGCCCAUCACUUUAAACUCAGCACAUCCCAGCAAGUGGCUCAGACCGUCCUGCUGUAUACUGCUGACUCAGCGACUUC